UAGGAUUUUGGAACGUACCCCUGAUAGUAUUGGGCGUACACCGCUAGAUGGCACCUAAUCUCGGAUAAAAUUCUAACUUAUCUAUAUAUGCCAGUCUCAUUUUUAUUUCACUUCCUAUGUGUUUAUUUACCUGUAUAUACGUGGCUAGAGGUGUGUCUGUAAUCUGUUGUUUUGGCAGUUGAAAGUCAAUCGAAGAGUGAUGUUGCGCUAAUUUUCAAAGUAACGAAAUAUUAUAUUUUUAGUUUAUCUCUGCCCCUUUAAUUCAACAAUGUAUACGUCAUUGGAUCUCUCACUCGCGACGUAACAGCCGCGAGUCGUCGUGGGAUUUAAAUGCGUGUCAGCAGUCAUAAUCGUGCGAAACAUAAGGCGCGAGUGGGUGUGUGCGGGCGAUUAGGUACAUUGUCACGUAUGCGAGCCCGUAAACGACGAAAGUUGCACAACAAUAUAUAUGUGCCGUGAAGCUGAUGGUGAUUUAUAAUAAGCUAAUAAGCGCUGUGACAUGAUUGUUUUAUAUAAUUGUACUUUUAUCUUUGAUUAAACUCUCUAUUUUAUCAAGAUGCACUUUUCCAUACCGGAUACUCAGGAAUUUGAUGACGGAUCUGGAAAUUCAUACAUUGGAUAUAAUAUUCACAUCAAUAGAUUGUUUCAUUGCACUGUCAGAUACAAACAGCUACAUAACUUGCACAUACAAUUAUCUAAGGAUCUGAAUGUACCUCUACCUCUUUUUCCUCCAAAGAAGCUUUUCCCUUUAACCAUCAGCCAGCAAGAAGAACGGCGACUGGCUUUAGAAAAAUAUAUUCAGUCGGUUGGUCAGAAUAUCACUAUAAAUAAUUCAGAGAUACUAAAUGGAUUUUUAUUGAACGCUCAACAAGAGACUGUAGGUAGCUUCUCUGAGAAUAACGUUUUAGAUAUAUAUCUCAUGAAUGGAUCAAAAAUUUCAUUAACUGUUUCUACAGGAGAGCAUUCUGGCGAAGUUUUAAAGAAAAUAUAUAAACAGAUAAACUUGUUACAAAAAUAUUACUCUCACUUUGCAUUGUUUAUUAUCACACAAGAUGAUUUGUCCGGUGGUAUGAAAAUAUUACGAAAAUUACAAAAUUUCGAGUCACCACUUAUAACAUACAAACAUAUGAAUUGUACGGACGCAAAAAUCGUUCUCAGAAAAAAUUACUGGGAUACGGCACACGAUCUUGAACUAUUGAACGAUCCUGUAACCGUGAAUUUGUUGUAUAUUCAAGUGGUUUCGGAAAUUCGGAACGGGUGGAUUCCAGUUACGAGGGAAGAGCAACGCAAGUUGGAACAUUUGCAAACCUCCGGAAAUAGAAAAGAAUAUUUGAAUGUAGCUCGUUGUUUAAAAUACUAUGGCUACAUACAAUUUGCACCGUGUUAUUGUGAUUAUCCCCAACAUGGUACGAAAGUAUUACUCGCUAUAGGUGGAAACGAAUUGAACAUACGCGUUUUAUCAUCCAGUGAGAAGUUGGUGGGAGAUUGUGAGCACGAGAUUGCGUUUAAAGUCUCGCGUGUGCGAUGUUGGCGUAUCACUACUGUGCAAAAUGGAGCGGAUCAUUGCGAGGAUAAUGACGAAAACAGUUUGGAAUUAUCUUUUGAAUAUUUAAUCGCUAAGAAUGAACUACAAUGGAUCACGAUCAUUUCGGAGCAAGCAAUUUUAAUGUCUGUUUGUCUGCAAGCCAUGAUCGACGAGUUGUUGCAGAAGUGCGUAGUGGGAAGCAAAAUUCAGGAAGAACCUGGAAAAUCAUGGACUUAUAUCACGAGAGACGGACACAGUCGUAUUAAUAUGGGAUUACCGUUACAAGAAUGUGCCAAUAAUACUAAUUCAUCUAAAUCGGGACCAAUUAUAAAAAAACUCGCUAACAAAUGGUCGGCUGUGACAUCGAAAAAAUCGGAUGAUUCAACCGUUGUUGAUCAGUCUCAAGCAACACGCACAACUGACUUCGAUGUUGUGGAAAACAAUGUUUUUCGCAUGAUAGGAGAUGACGAUUUAUGAGCUCAAUAAUAAUUUAUAAAAACAAAAACAAAAGCAGUGAUAAAAAUCAAUGAUACAGGGUAAGCUUCUUAUUUAAAUAACUUCAAAGAAACAAGAUGGUUUUUUCGCAAUAAUUUAUAAAUUAUUCAAAUAAACAGUUUCCAAUUCACAAAUGAGCCUGUAGCGCACACUUUUUUUCGUGCUAAAUUGCAUGCGAGCACCGGAAUUGCGACCGAUUUCAAACAAAUUGUGAUUUGUCUGAAAAUGAAAAAUAAUUGUCCGCUUGCGACGCAUUUGAUCCAGCACAAAGAAAAGCAUCGUAUGCCACAGGUUUUUUAAAUAUAGAUAGGUAGCUAAACUUUGUAACUACUUGUUGAAUAAUAAUGCUUAUUUGACAUUUUGUAUAUUAAUGUGAUUAUAAAAUGCAUUUAUAUAUUUAUUGAUAAACUUUACACAAAAUAUUCUUUAUACUUUUUAUAUACCGUCCAGCUGUAAUCUAACAAUUGAAAAUUAACUUGAGCCAAAACAGUAUGUUUUAUAAAUGUUAUACGCAUGAAACGCACAUAAUAAUAAUUAAUGUAUGUGAUACGCAAUAAAUUAAGUGAAAAAGAA